AUGGCGUCUUUGCAGUUAUUUGAUAAUUUCGGGUUCUUUUCAUCUUGUGGACGUAAUAUUCUUGUGGGAAUCUCCAUUGGCUUGGGAAUUGGGAUAGGAAUAGGUGCUGGAAUGGCUGCUUCAAGGAAAUGGCUUGCUGUGAGAAAGGAAGAACAAAAUAUUGUCGUUCAGCUCACUGAGGUGAGGGACGAAAUAAGAGAACUUCGUUGUAUAGUGGUUAGACUUGAAGUAACCCUCACUGAAGGGAAAAAUAAACGAAAUGUACCACUGAAGAAUGAACUAUCUCGAGUGACUGUACAAAGUGAUGAGGAGACGGAAGACGAAUAUUUUGAAAUGUCCGGGGAAGAACUUUCCUCCAGGUACAGUGUAAAUAUGUUUUUUAUCUCUCUGACUGGUAAUGCGACUUACAAUUCGAGCGAACUUUAGAGAGGAGGUGAUAGGUGACAAUUUUUAUAGCCCUACAAUAGCUGUGAAAUAAAACGACAAAUAGGAAUGCAGAUCAUAUUUUGACAACGUUGUGUCUCAAAAUAUGAAUUGUUGGGCUUUGUAACAUAAGCCAGGCUUUUUACCCAUGAAAAACGGAUUACACAUAUAUGCUAGUUUAGUUGCUUGAAACUGCUAGCCUUUACCUGUUAAAAAAACUCUGUGGUCUAUUCAUGGGGCGAGUGGCCCAUACUGCCAGAGCUUGUCCUAGCAAUUAAGACUGACUUGCCACUCACCCCUGGAUGGGAUUCUGGUUCUUCACAGGUUUAACCUCCCCCCCCUUGCACAUCAGGAUUUCAACAAGUUUCCCAAACUAUUCACUGGGUUAAUAUGAAAUGUGGGAAUAGAAUGUCUUUCCCAAGAACAUAACACAAUUGCUGGACCUUCUCAGGGCUAAAAUCUGGACCUUUUGAUCCAUACUCCAGUUUGCAAACCUAGAUAGCACUUCUUCAAAAUCAAUGGGAGGCUGAUCCAUCGCAGAUUACCUCCCUAUGCAUUGUCAGACUUUCCUGACAGUGUGGUGGUACCCAUUUAUACUCCUGGGUGGAGAGAGGUGCUGUGAGAAUUAAGUGUUUUGCCUAAAAACACACAUUAAGAUCUAAACCAAGAUUUUUUGACCCAGAGUCUAGAGUCGAGAGUUCAGUGGGCUAAUUUUCCUGCCACCACCUCUCUCUCCUCAACACAUUUGAUUUAACUGAUAUUUCAUUUUGUGGCAUUACAUCUAGUGCUUUGGACUUUGACCAUCUUAAAGUGAUCAUUGAUGAAGUAGACCAGCUACACUCCAAUAAUGAGACUGCAGCCAAGCAAAAAAUUCAUGGACUUCUACAUGAGUGUUUACAGGUCAGGGGUGUUAAUUGAAUGUUUAUUACAAAAUCAUAUACUUCAUUAGAUAAUAAAUAUUUUUAGUAGACUGAUAUAAUUUUGUAACCAUGAUUCACUCCUACAGAAACAUGAACACUGUGAAGUUAGCUGGAGAUAUGUAAGAUCUUGCUAUGAUAUUGCAACAAUGAAAGGAAAAAGUGGAGAUGCUGAUGGGAAAAAAAACAUGUUAUAUGAAGGUAUAGCCACUACCUAUAUGCUUGCCAUUUGAUUAUUAAAGUCAGCAAAUCAUGGGAGGGCAGCUUCCUGAAAAGUGUUCUUAAGAAAAUGCGGCACUACCUUCUGAUUGGUGUUCGGUACCAGACCAGCAUCUAUUAAUCAGUUGCCUCUGAAUUGCAUUUCAACCACUUAAGAUUCAGUUUCUUAUCAGAUGGUAAUACUCUGUAAAAUUUACCUAAUUGUUUUGGUGCUUCCAUGAAGCUUUGUUGUAAUCAUAUACAUUUGAUACCUUAAUCUGACAAACUGAAAAUUUGAAGGCAUUGCAGAGGCAAAGAAAGCAAUUCAACUGGACAAAAAAAAUCCAAAUGCUCACAAAUGGUAAGUAACUGAUUAAAACAUAAUUGCUCCUCAAUAUCUGGAUUUUCAUGUCUAUGUGAAGAACACAGUGUCUUGUAAGUUGCACAUACUUACCACACCCAAUAUUGUAUUUCUAAUUUUUUUUUAUAGGUAUGCAAUAAUUCUUGGAAGCACAACAGAAUAUAAAAGUUUACAAGAUCAGAUUUUGCUGGGCUAUGAAUACAAGGUAGAGGAAAAAAUAAUUAAAUUAGUUUUAAAGUAUUUGAACUUUGCACAGAUCUGAAUGCACUCACAUUAUCUAACCUUUAAUUUGAUGGUCAAAUUGUUUACAAACCUUUUUUUCUCGUUUUGUGUAGCAAUUUUUGAAGGACAUGGACUCCAGUGAUAUGAGAUAACUGUGUUAUUUUAUAGGAACAUAUUCAAGAAGCUAUUAAACUCAACAGGGAUGAUCCUGCUAACUAUCAUCUAUUUGGAAGAUGGUGUUUUGAGGUAACUUUGCAACUUAAAAUUGAAUUUUUUUCUGAUUUUUUUCUCAUUCAAGAUCUGUCUGAGCUUUAAUAAAACUGAAUUCUAUUUCAGAUUUCUAUGUUGUCGUGGUGGCAGAGGAAAGCUGCCUCAGCAUUUGUAGCUGAACCUCCAUCAUCAUCUAUUGACGAGGCUCUUCAAAACUUUCUUAAGGUCAGCCUUUGAAACAGGAACUCACACUAAACUUUGCUUGAAGAAUAUUAACUUAAAUUAAAAUAGGUUUUAAUUUUAGAAGAUUAGAAACCAUUAAUAGAGGAGUUUAUUCCAGUUUUCUGUGCAUGAAGUGACCAGGAGUCUUGUUACUCCUCCUUAUUAGCAGAGUGGAGAGUGGCACCGAGAAAGUAAAGUUUUUUAAGUUUCUUACUCGUACACAGUCAACACAGAUGACCUGGCCUUGGCUGGAAACUAGACAUUUUGAAUUGGGGUCAAGCAUACUGAAUAUUUGGCAUUUUCCUUUAUAUUACUUUUAUUAUUACCAAAGAACAACUAGAGAUUUUUUUGUUUGAUUUUACAUGACUCUCUUUUAUUAUCUAACUGAUUGCCUUUUUCCAGGCUGAAGAUCUCCAGCCGGGAUUUUGGCUGACAAAUUCGUUUUGGAUCGGAAAGGUAAUAAAUUACAAGCUAAUAAAAGCUGUGUUCUUAUCUGUCAUCUUAAGUUCACGUUAAUUGAUCUUCGUGAAGAGAAAAGAGAAACAUUGCAACACAUUUCUUAAGACCUGUACUCGGGAUCUCAAAUGGUUCGAGCAACUUUCUACGCAAAGAAUCCAUUUCUACAUAGAAUACAUUCGAAUAUUCCAAAGCAUUUUACAAGUUUUUCCUUCAUAGUGUUACAAACAAAAUGGAGAUGUACCAAAGGCGAAAGAAUGGUUGAAUAAAGCUCUCUCGCUUCCAGUCUCCAGUGAUGACGUAAGUAGAACAGAACAACGACUCUUUGUUACUUUCUGCUUUUCUCAUCAUUUAACAAAAAACCGCACCACUGUCGUUGUUUCCACAAUUGAAAGAGAAGCCAAGUUAGAAUUUCUACUUUGGAAUUCAUUGAAGCCAGAACUCAAGAAAAAAAACUUUAGACUCGUGAAUGUUUUAAGUGUUAUUCUAAAAUUCCUUUUCUACGAUUUCUACGAUGAUGGAUGCUUUCAUUGAACCAAACAAACGAU